CACAAAUGGAUUCAAACAAAGUUAUUCACCGAAGAAAAACGGACUUUCCUGCAACCAGUCUGAGAGCUCCACAGAAGAGCCAGUAUCAGGAGUCCACCACUAAAAGUCUUGAACUCAGUAAAGUGAUUCGUCUUCUUGAAGACCCACUAACUGCCAACCUGAAAGAAAGACACCUUUUUGUGCUGAAGAAACUCCUGAAAAGGUGCCAGAUUGGAUUUAUUUUGAAGGAAUUGACGAACAUGGCCAAAAUACUAAACAUCUGCGCUGACAAAGCAACAGAGCAUCCUGAAUAUUUGCCCAUUUUGUGUGAAGCAAUUAAACUUUGCAGGCUUCCCUUUCUAAAGGAGAGGGCAUCAGACGAGCUGCACUACGCUCAGGAUGUCGUUGAUUUCCUCUGUCACAUGGGUUGUCUGAUGAGAGUGUCAGAUGCUGACGUUAGGCAGCACCUAGUUGAAUCUGUGAAAUCAUUCUACAGCUGUGUGGCUCCCAAACCGCUGCUCGACGGUACGGACCGCCCGGCCAAGCCAAAGCCUCGGACUUUCCCCUCUAACAACCGAUUUUCUAGACUUUCACUAAGGCUCCAGCCGACCUCUCCCGGCUACAGACUGCAGCUGCUGGAGUUCAGCGACCUGGCUCAGACGCUGCUCCUCUCCAUGGCCACGACGGAGAACCAGCCAGUCAUUAAGCUGCUGCUCCUGCAGACACUCCAGCUCCUCUCCAGUUCCUCGGAUAUGAACUGCGCUUCAAUACUGCAUGUAAGAGGAGCGGAGAUGAUAUGUCUCCAUAUGACUGAAGCUGACCCGUCCGGUCAAACCCUUUUCCGAUCCACCGAAAUCCUCUGGAACCUUCUGGAGAGAGGCAACAAGGACGUGGUCACCGCUCAGCUCAGCAGCUUGGAGUGUGUCGUAUCUCUGAAGGAGGCCUUUUUAAACCAGCUGCUGAAUAGCUCUCAGAAUUUUCACCUGCAGCUCAGAAAUGAUCUGCUUGUGGUCACAACUCUCAUCGCUGAAAAUCCAAAUGCUCCGCUUAUUGAGAGCUUGUUUGCAAAAGAGCUUGUGGUUUUUGCCACAUUUCCAGAGAUGAAAAGUCGCAAUUCUUUGGUUCACAACCUGAAGCUCACCUUCAACAGUGAAGACCUGAAAAUGAAGAAGUUGCUCUUAAACUUGUUGGUUUUAAUGUCUCGUGACUUCGCUGCUCUGGAGCUUUAUAGAGAAGAGCGAGUGAUGCCGGCCCUGCUGGCCCUCGUGAAGCCGCCCGCUGCCUCGUCGGAGCGCCGGUCGGGUGUGCGUCACUGGUCCGUGGUCCAGCGUGAGGAGCUCCAGCUGCAGGCACUGGCCACCCUCAACACCGUCGCCCCGCUCAUGCUGGAUGACUACAUGUCGUGUCAGGGAAACACCUGUCUGCUGCUGCUGCUGGACUGGUGUGUGGGACCAGAUGCUUACUUUGGUCAGGGUCACAGCUUUCACAGCACCGGAGGCAGAGGCACUAAGAAGGCUCAGCUGCGACAUUGCAUCAGACUGCUGAGAUCUGUGGCCUUGCUCGGUGAAGAGAGCGUAAACCAGGACCUGUGUGAUCAAGGAGUCAUCAACCAGCUUCUGGGGAUCCUGACCCAGAUGGAAGCAAAUCCUGAUGAGGAUGACUUAAUCUCUCUGGAAAUUAAAGCAGAUAUUCAGCUGAUCCUUUCAACGUUGUGCGAUCCCGACAUGCAUAGAAAGGAACUUUUUGGAUCAGAGGGAGUUGAGUUGACUCUUCAUUUCCUGAAAAAAGGCUCCGACAAGUUCUACAGCGGCCUGGGACACAACAAGCUGAUCCUCUCGACCAUCGACUGUGUGUGGUCCUGUAUUGUUGGCUGUUACACCACAGAAGAUUACUUUUUGGCAAAAGAGGGAAUAUUUCUUCUGCUAGACUUGCUCAGUAUGAGUCCUAAAUGUGUGCACGGUGUCGUCCUCGCCACCCUGCUGGAGUUGUGUGACAACCCAAACACGCUGUGUCACAUCCUGAACUGGAGGGGCAGCAGCGGUCAGACGGCUCCCGGACUCCUGCUGCAGCUGUGGAGGGAGGAGGAGGAGGCGCUUGGCGUCCCACGUAGCCAACACGGAGGAAUCACAGAUCCUAAAAAGCCAGUCCUCAGUCAUUUCCACCCCGACGACAUCCAGCUGUCAUUUCCUCCUCACGUGCCGAGCGCUGCUGUGCUGGAGGUCUCAGAAAACCUGCGGUCAAAGAUCUACUCCAUUUUCUGCAAACUUGGUUUCCAGGAGCUUCCCGGGUUGUCAACUAGAGACUACAUGACUCUCAGCAUCAUCAGGAGAUAUUUGGACUUCAAGGUCGGCGAGGUGUGGGACGAGAUCAGGAAGGAGCUGAGUCUGGAUGGUGUGAGGCCGAUCAGCCCCGACCAGGGGGCUCUGACCUCCAUCUGUAAGGUCGCAGAGGACACGGCCAGAUGGAUCUCUGAAGAACAAAACAGCAUCCUGGAGCAGCAGACGAAGGAGGACAUGAGCCAGGAGGAGCUCCUCUACACUGAGAUCAAGUCUCACUGGAAACAACGCGAACUAAAAGCAAAGUCCUGGGACAACUACGUUUCCAGAACUUCAAACUAUGAGAUCCUGAAGGAAGUAAAAGCACAGAGGGAAAAGCACAGUGAAUCAUCCAGAAGUAAACCAGAGCACGAGGAUGCUGCCGUUCAUCCUACAGAGCAUUUCAUUGGCCGUGUGGUGGCAGUGGAGAGCACAGGCGAUCAGGGGCCUGCAGGAGUGAAGCUGACACUGGCCAGAGUUCCAGUCCAGUCUGCAGGUCAGGACAGAGAGGAGCCAGCAGCGCCAGACCCGGAGUACUUCAGCACUGUGUCUGUCCAAAACUGAUUCCUCCAAAGAAACCACUUCAAAACGUGACUUUCACACUGUCUUACUGUCUUCAGUCCUGUAGCACAUAUUCAGAAAGCACUAAA